CUUCCAGAGGCCGGGCAGCUCCGGGUUACCUCCUGCGGGCGGCGGGCGGAGCCAGCGCCGGGCUCCCUCUGGGUGUGGAGCUGCGCGGAGCCGGCCGGGGCUGCGCGUGAGCCCCGGGGAGACGCGGCGCAGCGGACCGACCUUGCUCUCCCUUGAUAGGAAAACUAAGAAGGAAAGAAUGGCUGUGGAUUUGUUGCCUGCUCAGGUGACAGAGUCAGUGACAUUUAGGGAUAUAGCUGUGCUUUUCAGCCGGGACGAGUGGCUGCACCUGGACUCUGCGCAGAGGACCUUGUACCGGGAGGUGAUGCUGGAGAACUACAGCGCCCUGGUCUCGCUGGGGAUUCCAUUUUCAACACCAAAGGUGAUCUGCCGGUUGCAACAAGGAGAAGAUCCCUGCAUGGUGGAGAGAGAAGUACCCCAAGACAGCUGUCGAGGUUUCAAGACUUGGCCUGAAAUAGAAACAUUGCCUCCCAGACAGGACAUGUCUAUAGAAGAAACAUCUCAGGGAAUAAUAAAGAAAAAAUCCUUUAUAUUUGAUCACUGGAACAUCAAAUUUGGAGAAGCUUUAGAAUUUGAGAGCAGGAUGGAACAGGAGCAACAGAAGAAAUCUCUUAGGCAAAUGGUGGCCUCAAACAAGAAAACCAUCAGUGGAGAUGGAAACCUGAUAAGUCUUGAAUUGGGGAAAGGCUUAUUUAUAAAUACAAUUCUUUUUACACAACAGAGUGUUCCUAUAGAAAGGAUACCCAAUAUAUAUUAUACUUUAGGGAAAGAUUUUAAACAGGAUUUUGAUCUAAUGAGAUGCUUCCAGAUUUACCCAGGAGAAAAACCUCAUUUUUGCAAUGAUUGUGGGAAAAGCUUUAAUCAGAGUCUUCACCUUAUUGAACACCAGAGAAUUUAUACUGGUGAGAAACCCUACAAAUGUAAUGAGUGUGGAAAAACCUUCAGCCACAGAUCAUCCCUUCUUGCCCAUCAGAGAAUCCAUACAGGAGAGAAGCCUUACAAAUGUAAUGAAUGUGGGAAAGCGUUUAGCAGCAGUUCUACCCUCAUCAAACAUCUGAGAGUGCACACUGGAGAGAAACCCUAUCAGUGUAAGGAAUGUGGUAAAGCCUUUAGCCAGUGUUCUACCCUCACUGUACAUCAGAGAAUUCAUACUGGAGAGAAACUCUAUAAAUGUGGGGAAUGUGAGAAGGCCUUCAACUGUAGAGCAAAACUUCAUAGACAUCAAAGAAUCCACACAGGUGAGAAACCAUAUAAAUGUAGUGAAUGUGGGAAAGGUUACAGCCAAUUUACAUCCCUGGCUGAACAUCAGAGGCUUCACACAGGAGAACAACUGUGUAAAUGCUUGGAAUGUGGGAGAACCUUCACACGCAUCUCAACCCUUAUUGAACAUCAGCGAAUUCAUACUGGACAGAAGCCCUAUCAAUGCAGCGAAUGUGGAAAAACCUUCAACCAGUAUUCAUCCUUUAAUGAGCAUCGGAAAAUUCACACUGGGGAGAAACUUUAUACAUGUGGAGAGUGUGGGAAAGCCUUUGGUUGCAAAUCUAACCUUUAUAGGCAUCAGAGAAUUCAUACUGGAGAGAAACCCUAUCAGUGCAAUCAGUGUGGGAAAGCCUUCAGCCAGUAUUCAUUCCUAACUGAACAUGAGAGAAUCCAUACUGGGGAGAAACUCUACAAAUGUAUGGAAUGCGGGAAAGCCUACAGUUACAGAUCAAACCUUUGUAGACACAAAAAAGUUCACAAUAAAGAAAGACUCUAUAAAUGGAAGGAAUAUGGGACACCUUUUUUCUAUAGCUCCUCUCACUCAGUAUCAGAGAUUUCUUAGAGAGGAUAAGCCCUAUGAAGUUUAAUUCAUCUCAAAUAAUUCAAGACUCCUCACUGGAGAAUAAUUAGGAGAAUAAUAAAUAGGGUACAGACUCCUAACAGAUUUUUUUACUUCUGGAGAAAAUAUGCUAGUAAAUAAGAAAAUUGAUCAGUGAAAAUUUGAAGAGCACUGACUUGCCAAAUUUCAUUAGAACUAUUUAAUUCUAAGGUUUCUAAAAAUAUAUGAAACAUUUUAAACAUAGGAAAAAUGUCAAAGGCCUAACUUUUUAAAAAAAUGAAAAUAAUGGAAUAUGUUUUGUUUUAUUAGACAUUCCAUUUCUAAGAGUAAGCUUCAAUAUGAAUUUUCACUUAAAAACUGAGUUAUUAAUGUGAAUAAGUGUGGGGCCUUUUCUAAAAUGGCAGGCAGACAGGACACUUCUAUGAGGAAAAGCUAAAAAUAAAAGGAAAUUUCUUAAGUGUAGUUUUUACAUGGAAAUAAGCUUUUUUGAGUUGCCUCACCAGGAAGUUAUAUAUAUAAAUAUACAUAUUACUCAUAAAGUUUUGGGAUACAUGUAUAUUUUUUUCAAAAGUAUUUGAUGCUUAAAAAACAAUUUUAUUAAUUGAGGAUUUCGUUUUGAAAAUGAAAAAUUUGUCCAAAUAGCCUUUCCUUUUUCUUCCCUAUUUCUUAAUUUCAUAUGAUUCUAUAUUCUGAAUAGAGUCUUACAGUAUUAUAGAAGAUAAGCAAGUGGGGAGACUGUCAUGCAGAUGAAUACUCUGCUAUCUGUUGCAGAAGAUAUAUAUUUGCAGUAUCUAAUUAUACACCAGGUAGCUCAUUAGAGCCAGGAGAGACUUUUUUUUAUAGCCUUUCUUUUACUAAUUAAGAAACAGUUUACUGGGCAAAGUUAAGACUAGAAUCUAGGUCUUGAGCUCCAGUUUUCUGUGAUAAUUGCAGGCUCAUUUUCUACCUCAAGUCCCAAGAGUGCUAUUUGUUUUGUGAACUGGUAAGGCACAAUUUCAGUAAUUUAAUCAGUCUUUUUUUUAUGUUUGACAGGUUCCCUCUCACUUUAAUCUUAAUAAUUGACAUAAUCAUCAUCUUCCCUUUUCUUAUGUACCCCUCAUUAUGCCUACUUUUUGUAAUAACUGUACAUACAUCUAGCUGAAGUCCAGAUGGUGAAAAUUCUUUUGGCAGUUUCACACAUAAGAUUACCUUUUUGUUUAUUUUUGUUAUACAUCUCUUAGAAAUUAUUUUGUGUAAAGUGAUAUUUCAAUAUGUUACUGUUAAACACUCUAACCAUCAGUUUAAAUUGGUUGUUUUCAGUAUUUUUAAGGUACAUUUCAUUUUCUCCCAGCCUACUUCUUCCAAUUCUGUAUUUAACUUUUGCGAUUGGUAGCAUUUAAAAAAUUGUUCUAAUAAGAUUAGCUAGAACCUUCUGUCUGAAAAAGGCUUUAGAAUUAAACUCAAGCAUUCAGCAUAAUAUAUUUCUUGACUUGUCUUAGCUCAUUAGAAAGUAUCUUUUAUAUAUUUUAAGUAUAUUCACAAGGAAAAUUAAGCUUUUGAACAUACCUCAAUAUUUAACAUGGUGCAGAGACAUUUGCAAGAUAUUUUAGAUAAAAACAUGUUUGCUUACCCAAUAGCAGUGAGCAUGCUUAGUACCUAGAGUUUGGUUUCUAAAUGCUCUUCCCCUUUAAAAGGAACCUGAGCUCAUUGGAGAAAUGACUGAUUCCAUAUUUGAAGCAGGAAAAGUGUGCAAUAUAUUUUCAUGAAAUAAAAUAAAAAAGACUCAAAGACUAAUGGGAUAACCUCAGAAAGACACAGGAUUCAACACUUUUUGAAGGUGGUCCCGCUGGUCAAAUUUAGGACAGUUUAAGCAUCAAAAAUGGUUCACUGUAAAUUGGUUGUAAGAUGCUCAGUGAAAAUAAGCCCAUAAUGAAAAAAUAGAGAAAAAAAGGAAAGUUUUUUAUAAACUUGUUUGAAGAAUACCAUCUUUUAACUGUAUAUGGAAUGAUUUAGAAAAAUCAUUCUACAAGCCUUAAUGUAAUUAAAUCAGGCAAAAUCAAUGGAUGGUAAAAUACACUAGGUGAAAAAAAAUUUUUUUAAGGAACAUUUAUAUUGUGUCAGAAUGUCACAAUACCAGUUGCAAAGGAAAGACAGGCCUUUUAUAAAGGAGAGAUCAGGCUGUCGAAUUGAGUUUCACUACUAGUGGGGCAAUCUGACAUUUUGUGGCUCCUGAUGAGAUACAAUAUGAAGCACACAUGAUCAUCUGUGAUAUACUCUUGUCAAAAAUGUUUAAUGAAAGUAUGAGUCUCAUCUAGAUUUCCUGUUUAUAACAAAUACAGAGGAUGGAGGAACAAGUUGAAUUACACACCGAGGAAAUAGACAAACCAAAAUUUGAGACACCUCAAGACAACUGGUCUGGACUUUCAAAAAACCAUUGUAAUAAAAAAGAGGACUCUACUGGAUCAAGACAUUUGAGACAUAACCAAAUGUAACGUGUGAUCCUUAUGGCUUCUAAUUUAAGAAAAUUAACUAUGAAAGACAUUUUGGGGGCAUCCGGGGGAAAUAUGACUAUGGAAUGGAUAUUAGAUAAUGUAUGUUUAAUUUUUUUAGAAGUGAUAAUGUUUAUUGAAGUAUCUAGGAUGAUGCCCUUAUUAGGUGAUGCAUGCAAACCUUUCAAGUUUGGAAAUCUUGAUAUCUGCAGCAUAUUUUCAAAUAAGUGUGUAAAAAAUUAGUCAACUGUCAAUUAGUUGUGCAUUAGUCAAUCUUGGUGGGUAUAGAGAUGUUCGUUGGUCUUCUUUAAGCUUCUCUGUAUGUUUACAAGUUUAAUAAAGAAUUCAGGCAAAAAGUGA